AUGGAUAAUGGGUCAGAAGUCUUUGCGAAACUUCCAAAUCCUAACGCCGGACCUGCACAUUUUUCGGUUGCUUCUGAGGUCGCUACGCGUGAGCUGCUUCGCGAUGCAUUCGAUAUUCCCAUUCCUCGGGUGUUGUCUUGGUCUUCCGAUGCAGCGAAAAAUUUAGUCCAGGCCGAAUAUAUCAUUGAGGAGAAGGCCCCUGGUGUCCGACUAGGUUCUGUGUGGAACCGGUGGCCUCGGCAGCUGAAGCUACAACUAAUAACUCAAGUGGUUGACAUAGAGAACAAGUUGACCAGCAUUACCUUUGACAAGCACGGUUGCAUCUAUUUCAAAGAAGACUUGCGCUCACUUGUCGGGGAAGCAGAAGACAUUCAUAUACAGAGUGGUGGAUCCGACAUCCUCAAACGAUUUUCUAUUGGGCCGUUGACUACGAACGAACUAUGGAGUGGAACUAGGAGGGAAAUGAAUUUAGACCGUGGCCCUUGGAAACAUGCAUUCGAAUAUACCCGUGCGAUCGGCUAUAAUGAAAUGAUGUGGGUCAAGACACAUGCUGUUCCCCGACAGAACUAUUACCGGCCGAACCAGAACGAAGAAGUUCCGGAAGAUGGUAUCUCACUCUUAGAGAAAUAUAUGAACGUCUCCUCUUAUCUUAUCCCCCAGCCAAGCGAUAAACCGUCCUCUGCUAUCGUUCUUUGGCAUCCGGACCUUCACCUGGAUAAUAUCUUCGUUGAUCCAGAUACUUGUCGGAUCACACGCAUCGUGGACUGGCAAUCAGCGUGCGUUGCUCCGUUGUUUUAUCAAUCUGGCGUUCCUAGGAUGUGUAGGCAUCCUGGGCCUGUUCGGGAAGGCUGGGUCGUCCCUGAACGACCAGAGGAGUUUGAGAGCUUGAGUAAAGACGAGCAAAAGCAGAUUGAUGAUAAUUUGGAAAGCGAAACUAUUCACAAAUACUACGAGGCGCAGGUGUAUAAGCGAGCACCUGUUCAUUGGGCUGUGCUCCAGCAACCGGCAACCUCUAUCCUACGGAAACCUGUUUGGCUUGUGACCGGAGUGUGGGAAAAUCGAGACCUAUUCUUCCUCCGCGAAGCACUCAUGAACAUCACAGCUCGCUGGAGCGAGUUUUUCCCAAAUACCCCUUGCCCGAUCGAUUUCUGCAGCGAUGAUAUCAAGUUCCAGUCCAAGGAAGAGGAAAACAUCAAUGGGGUCGGGCGUAUGUUGUUAUUGUUCCGAGAGGAAGCUGUACUCCCUGUGGACGGGAUGGUUGAUCCUGAAGACUACGAGUUGGCCCGUGAGAAUAGUCGGAAGCUCAAAGAUACCUUCAUUGGGCUGGCGGAGGAUGAAGAAGAAAAGGAGCUGUUCAGGAAUCUAUGGCCAUACUAA